ACAGCUCAUCCUGUGAAGAUGCACAGUUGGAAAAUGAUGGCAGUCAUCUUGCUCUGCUCACUGCUGCUCAGCCAGGCCCACUGCGCCUCCCUGCACCCACAGCCUCAGCUGACGCGGCAGCGGCGGAUGACGCCCUUCUGGAGAGGAGUCUCCCUCAGACCCAUCGGAGCCUCCUGUAGGGAUAACAGCGAAUGCAUUACGAUGCUGUGCAGGAAGAACCAAUGUUUCCUGAGAACAGCCUCAGAGUGACCUGUCACGAUGAAGAACGCCCAUCACUGUUACUGCUAACAAUGCUCCACUCGUGAAAUAUUUAUUGACCGUUGAAGAGCUAGGACAGUGAAUUGAGCAAUCAGUACAUUUAACAUCUCUGUCUCAUGAACUGAC